UGACUUUCGCGAGGUUGCCCGAAAAGCAAGCCAUGGCUUUGCGCAGUAUGACUUCUGUACGUCGUAAAUGUGCUACAAAGACACAGCAGACGGCGAGCCGUCAUAAAGAGCCUGUCACCGUUGUCCAUUUCUGUAGCGGCUCGCUCUCACGCCUCUUUCUUCCUGGUCCGAGCGCAACCCCCAGUGGACGCGUCCGGACCAGCCAGUGGCAGGCGGCGGGGCAGGCAGAGGCGGGGCCCCGGGGCGCGGUGCACGUGCUGUGGCACUACCACUUCUCCGCCUUCCGCCGAAAGCGCUGGGCUGCGUUCAUCCAGCGCGACCGCGCGCUCCACCGCGUCGCCAAGCAGCUCACAGGCGGCAGGCCCAAGGAGGAGGUGGUGGUGGGGUGGGGUUCGUGGGCCUUCCAGGGAGGGAAGGGCGGUUCCCCCAUCUCCGUCAGGGGCGGGCGCGCGCCGACGGGGCGGCUCAUCAAGCUGCUCCGUGAGCGCUACGCCAAGCAUGUGUUCAUCAUCGAUGAAUACAAGACCUCCAAGACCUGCUACAACUGCGGGUGUCAGGAGAUGGCCAUCAAGCGGCUUGGGGGGCUGAAGGAGGGGCAGCGGCCCUGGUCGGUCAAAGUCUGCAACGACUGCUUGACGACCUGGAACCGCGACGUCUCCGCCGCCAACGUGAUCCGUGUGCUCCUCCUGCUGAAGCUGAUGGGCUUCGAGCGGCCGACCAAGCUGCAGCGGCCGCCAUGGCCGCCGGCGGCGGCGGGGCCGGGCUGAGAGCCUGAACGGCGCUAGCAGGGCGUGGGGCUGAGGGUGCACGUGUCGAUUGGCGGCGAGUGACGUGACUAGUUUGUUAGCUGCGGGUUAGCACGGACUGUGCACCCCACCCAACCGGCCAUGUCCGGAUUUGCGGGGAUGCCAAAGGCCCCCAACAUAGAGGCGUGUGCUUAGUAGGCGCCCGCGUCAAGGUGGCUGGGUUGAUAACGACCCGGGAUCAGCCCUUUUCCUGCCAUAAGGCAGCCACCUCCUUGUUGCAUCGGUUGUGGACCUGAGGAGGAGGAGGCGAAGGAGUAGUAGUAAGAACUCGAGUGGGUCGCGUUGCUGCUUGGUUGGUCGUAGGCACCAAACUUGUGUUGACCACAGCAGUACGUAUGCGCGUGGGCGUUGACGGGAUGAAGCAAGGGCGGCGGAAGCGGGCGCAAGCAAGGCUGCCGACAGGCCUUAAUCUACGCGCUGGGUGCAUCUGGCGACACAAUGUGCUGUACUUUAUGUGGCCGGGAGUUGGAGCAGCAUAGAAUGAGUAUGGCAAUAUUGAUGAGCAUGCCAACCGACAGCCGUUGGGAAGUUUUGUACAUGUGAGAGGUUUCAGCACAAACUUAGCUUAUUCAUGUGAUCCCGCCGCGCGUUGGUGACAAGAGGUGCUUUGUACAGCUGCAAAAUGGGCGGAGGGCCCGGCGAACCAUGGGAUGGGUGAUGAUGAUUGCAAGCUGAUGAACGCAAGCAAAUGAGCGGUCGAUGGCCCCCAUGUCUGCCUCCAUGUGGCUACGGGGCACGGGUUUGGGGCUAAGGACAUGCCCCAUUGUUACCCAGCCCAGCCAGGGCACGGCACGCGUGUGGGAAUUCCACACGCCAUCCAUGUACGACCUGUAGGCCCCUUGCGCCACACCCCCAAAGUCUUUACUAACCUUCUACCAUAGCUAUCCGCCAUUCCCCAAACUCCAUGGCUUAGGCGCGGUGCGGGGGCGACCUCGGCUCCUUGUGAAUUAGGCGGCAGGUCCAAAUCGACCGAAGCGAGAAGCGACCUCGCGCGCCGAUGGUCGAUUGGCUGUCGCGAGGUCUGCAAUCAAGCGCCCGAGGAAAGCCGCUAUGAACUGUAAGAGGCAAAACACCCCACACGCGAUGUGAGCAGCGCAGGGCCUGGCGGCGGCAGCGGCUGUGCAGGGCCUGGCGGCAGAGGCGGCUGCAGCGGCCCUGGGCCCAGCAGUUGUGCACGUGCAUAGCGGAAGGGACAGACAAGGGCACGUGGAGAGCGCGGCGCCGCCCAAGAAGCGGCGCGCAGGUUGAGACCUGCCUAGACCUGCCGGUGUCUGGUUUGAGGUCGUUGCUGGCAAGCAUAGCGUGGCCUCAGACAUGUGCCAAUGUGGCGUGGGCGCAGCACUUAUCCCUUAUCGAAGAUGCUGAUCCCUGAGAGGCAGAGCCACCUUUCUUGUGAUCUGGCAAUCGACAUGGGUGG